AUGCCUUCACUUUCCAUUCUCCUGGCUCUCGGUGCCAUGAGCAGCAUUGCCACAGCCGACAACAUCUACACUUACACCAAGCCCGGCUGCACAGGCCCAGCCUUCUUCUUCAAAGACAUUGACCACAACAUCUGCGCCGUGUCCAUCACCGGCAACGCGACAUCUACAGCAGAUGCAAUUGCCAAGGGUCUCACAACCGUUGCGUCAGGCAAGCUCGAAGAAACGGGUAAGAAGCACUUCCUAGCCUGGGACGAAGGCCCAGCAUCCAAUGCAGACGGCCCCUUACAAUGCGGUACAAUCUCCAAGAACAUUGCGGUCAAGCAACGCGAAACAUGCAUUUCAGGCUCUCUACACGGAUUCUCGUGGACUGAACCUGGCGCCGAUGGAAAGGAUUCAAACGACUUUGACAUGGAUGACGCCGAUGAUGUCAACGGAAAGGUCAAGAGGCAGGCCAACAACGAUCCAAUCUGGACGUGCACUGGUUCCACUGAUCCCGAUGCUGUUUUUAUCGGUGGCAAGCACUACAACAUUGACGAUAUACCUGCGGCAGACAAGGACGCGUUGAUGGAGAUGGCUAUGAAUGACGCCACCCCGCCUGCUGAAUUUGAAAAGUAUGUGUUUACACCAGACUUCUAG